ACGGGGAGACGGGGACACGGGGAGACGCUACGGCUGAGACUUCGGCUGAGAGAGACGGCGAGAGGUGGGGCGGAGAUCGUGACACCCGGCCAGGCGCUGCUUUCGAUUUCACAACCACCGUGGCUUCUUGUACUUGGACUCCCGUACCGGCGGCGCCACCCCUUCUCCACGUCCUCGUCAUCUGCGCCGUUGCCCCCGCUAGGCCCCGCUAGCCCCGCCGCCCUCUACGGCGGAGGGCGGUAGCGGGCGGGAUGUCGCGCCCCGCGAUGCGUGUGGCGCUCUGCGUCUUCGCCGGAGUCGCCAUCAUCGCCUCCUCCGCUGCCGCCACCGCCACCGCCUCCUUCCCCGAUGACGCGACGCCCAUCAACAUCGUUGACGCCAAAUACACGAGCCAGUACCCCGUGUUCCUGGGCCCCAGACCAAAGAACGAGACGCGGCGACACAAGCUCAGCUUCCAGAUGAUGGUGAUUACCAACUCCACCCUCUUCAUCGCCGCCAGCUACACGUGCUGCAGCUACACGUGCGGCAGCUACACGUGCGGCAGCUACACGUGCGGCAGCUACACGUGCGGCAGCUACACGUGCGGCAGCUACACGUGCGGCAGCUACACGUGCGGCAGCUACACGUGCGGCAGCUACACGUGCGGCAGCUACUUUUGCUUCUAG